AUGGCAAAUCCCUCCCUUAACGGCGAGACCGUCCACGCGGCACCCUUACGGCCGCCACUCUACGUCGCCCCAUCACCAUUAGGCGAGGAUGGCCGACCGAUAAUCAAGAAGGUCUUGAUUGCAAACCGCGGCGAGAUCGCCUGUCGUAUUAUUCAGACGUGUCACAAGCUCAACAUAGCUACCGUCGCGGUCUACGUCAAUGAAAGCAGAGACACAUCAUCUCGCCAUAUUAGAGAUGCAGACGAGGCCAUUAAUAUUGGAAGCAUUGAUCAAUGCCCUCGCAAUCCGUUCCUAGAUGGAGAACUCCUUAUCCGCACCGCUCUGUCUGUAAACGCGGACGCCAUCCAUCCCGGAUACGGCUAUCUCAGUGAGAACGCUGAGUUUGCUCGGUCCAUCCGCGACGCAGGAAUGAUAUUCAUCGGGCCAAGUGAUACCGCCAUGUCCACUUUGGGCAACAAGCGUGCGGCAAAAGAGUACCUCAGCAAGCAUGCGCCAGAUGUCCCCCUAAUACCUGGCUACGUAGGAUCAAGCCAAGACGCACCGGAGCUUAGUAGGAUUGCUGCACAGAUCGGCUUUCCUGUCAUGCUCAAGGCGUCUGCUGGCGGUGGUGGCAAGGGAAUGCGAAUCAUCCGGGAAGCUGGACAGUUGCAAGCCGAGUUGGAGCGGGCACAGUCUGAGGCCCUGCGUUCUUUCGGAUCCGCCGAUUGUAUUCUUGAGAUGUACGUUGAGAGCAGCAAACAUGUUGAGAUUCAGCUACUGGGAGACUCGUAUGGAGAGGUUGUCUCGUUCUUCGAGCGCGAUUGUUCAGUGCAACGACGACAUCAGAAAGUCAUCGAGGAAACGCCGUGCACCUUUCUGACGGAGAAGACGAGGCAAGAGAUGAGUGCUACCGCUGUGCGCAUUGCCAAACUCCUUGGCUACGAAAAUGCUGGCACCGUUGAAUUCGUCGUCGAUGCUGUGACUGGCAAGUUCUAUUUCCUCGAAGUCAAUGCCCGUCUCCAGGUCGAGCAUCCCAUCACGGAGGAGGUGACAGGCGUGGACUUGGUCUCGCUGCAGCUCUAUGUAGCUGCAGGGGGAAGUCUACGUGCUCUACCUGCGCUCCAAGGCCUCACCCAACAAGGUCACGCAAUCGAAUGCCGCCUCUGCGCCGAAGAUCCACGCAAGAACUUCUUCCCUGAGCAUGGCAAGAUCCAUUUGUGGCUGCCAGCAUCCGGCGUGCUGGGGCCAGGCCGUGAUGUUCGCUACGAGGCUGCAGUACAGUCAGGCUCCUCAGUCUCGAUAUAUUUCGACUCUAUGAUUGCGAAGAUUGUCGUCUGGGCACCGACAAGAGCCCUCGCUAUAGAGAAAAUGGUCAAAGUCCUCGCGCAUACAAUCUGCGCUGGUGUCCAAACCAAUCAGCUUCUGAUGCAGCGAUGCCUCCUGCAUAAGGCAUUCCAUAACCCUGCAUACACAACGUCUUUCCUCAGCUUACAUCUCGAUGAGCUACUUCACGAGCCUGGUGGCCUAAUUGCUGAGAUACGCAAGUCCCUGCCGAUAGUCCCGGCAGUUGCUCUGCGUCACCUGGCCGCCUUAUCUGCGUCUCAAAAGCGUCCUUUUCAGAAUGUGCGGCGGCGCUUCCGAAAUCAGCACCAUGACCCGGUCAAUCUGCAGUAUGAUGUCGUUACCAUGGUCGACUGGCCGUACUCUCUACCGGAGACAGACCCGACGACACCACUCAUGUGCGUCUGGACCCCGGAUAACACCGGGCCAUCCGCCACUCAAGAAGCACACCUGCUUGCUAUUCCUGAGAUUGAUACCUCAAACGACGUCAAAAAGCCUGCGGGGACAAGUGCACGCUACCAGAAAGUUAGCAAAGUGCUGCGAGAUGAUCUAGUAAAUCUCUCAGGCACACGGUACGCCGUGAAGAUUGAGUCAUGGAAGCCUGCGGAGGGGGACCCUGCACUCAAGGAAUCAUGGCUAUCAAGCACCUUGGAAAUCAGUAUCAAUGGAACGAAGCUCCUCGCCUACGUAUCCGUGGCUAUCAAUCGACUCGAAGCCCUCGCAGGGUGUCUCAAUCGCACGCAGACUGUGUUCUGCCAUAUUCCAGCGAUUGGAGCGUCCGUGGAGUUCAAGCGUGACACCUCUUUAUCCUUUGUCGAGAGCACGCGUGCUGCCGCUAGCGGUGAGAACAAUCAGGAGCAGAGGACUGUGACUGCGCCGAUGCCGUGUAAGGUGCUGUCAACGCUCAAGAAGAACGGGGAGCAGGUCAAAUCAGGAGACAUUGUAAUGGUGAUCGAGAGCAUGAAGAUGGAGGUGACGAUCAGUGCCUCUGCAGAUGGUCAGUUUGAGACAAAUUGGAAGGAGGGUGAUGCUGUUGAGGAGGGAAAGACUCUGUGUACUGUUAAGUAA